ACCCAGCUCGAUGCUUAACGGAGUCACAGUCGUGAAAGUGGCGGAGGCGGACAUUGUUGUGGUAACAGUCCAGAGGAUAAGCACAAGUGAUGCACUUACUUUUAUCGGAUAAAGGACGAGGUUGGAUUUGGAUGUAUUUUAUUUUCUAUCCGUAGACACAGUCGUUUGCUGAUAAAAAAGCUGCUGCAGCACACGGACUCUACCUCCAGCCACCGGGGAACUGAGUUCAUUCAGCCGCGGCGAGCGGAGCCUGAUGAGACGAUGCCAGCAACGUAAAAAUCACAACAUCUGCAGGGCGUGCGUCCAAAACGGCUGGAUUGAGCGUCCACGGAUCGUGGGCUUGUGCAUGCAGCGGGCUACGCGAGUCUACGGCGAGGCUGUGGCCACAGAGGAGGUAAAAUAAGGACAGUUGUAUUCAUGAAGGCCUUUGGAGAACACGUUCUGUUGAUGAGAGCCUAGCAGAUUGACGUUAAUGGGGGUUUGCGGUACAUUUUCAUACACGACCUCAUUAAGGCAUUGUCCAGCGAGCACAGACAGAGGCAGCGACUGAAGACAGAGGCCACUGAAAGGACUCAUCUCAACCACUAUCACAUGUUUGCGCUUUGAUUUGGCCUCCGGUGCUUUAGUUAUCGCGUAAAUAGCAUCUGAAUGAAGAUGAAUACAAGGAUGGCUCCGCGUUGAGCAUCGAGUCCUCCAGAGGCGUCUCGGCGGUUAUAACGGAUUCUCAGGUACCCCCUAGUUCUGGGCUUUUCAUCGAAAAUGGGCAGCGAAAGUGAGGUAAUAAACAGAGAACUGUCAAAGAUGUCUGACGAGGAAUUGCUCGCGUGCUCCAAAGAGGAGCUGGUGAGCCGAUUGCGUAAAGAGGAGUCCGACAAAAUCUCAGCCCUCAUCCAGCGCGGGCGGCUGAUAAAGGAGGUAAAUAAACAGCUGCAGGGGCACCUCCUCGAAAUCAGGGAACUGAAAGUCAUCAAUCAGCGCCUGCAGGAGGAGAACGUGGAGCUGCGGGACCUGUGCUGCUUCCUGGACGACGACAGGCUCAAAGUGAAGAAGCUGGCGAGGGAAUGGCAGCUGUUCGGCCACCACGCGGCCAAAGUGAUGCGCGAGGACCUGGGCGGAUACUUGAAGAAGCUCGCCGACCUGGAGCGCAUGCAGGACGGGCUGGUGAAGGAGAACUUGGACCUGAAGGAGCUGUGCCUCGUGCUGGAGGAGGAGUGCGUGAGCAGGAGUGACUCCAGCCCCGGCGGCUCCACCGAGCUCAACCUGCCCUGCAUGGUGGCCCGGGACCUGGGCGACGGGAGCUCCAGCACGGGGAGUGUGGGGAGUCCUGACCAGCUGCAUCUAGUGUGCUCGCCCGAUGACUGAUGGCAGGUUUGCGUCAGCGGUCAGGGCUUCUCCGACCUGAAACGGCCAGCUGGAGACGAGGAGACCGACAGAACCUUUGUUAGAUACAAUACAUUACAAAUUAAACUGGUGCAAACGCAUUAGAGCCUUGUGAAUGCUGCAAAGAUUUGUGUGCCACUAGGUUUUGACACGAUAAAGGUUUUACCAUCGUUUUCAGGACUUUACAGAGACAUUUAAUAGGUGUUUGCCAGAUAACGUAUCUAAAAUUUCAAGUGUUUUCUAGCAACUCUUCAGUUUUUGGAAAAUUCUCCUUUUUAGCUGUAUUGAAAAAAAUGGGACCAAAAAAGUGGGUCACAUAUAUAAAUUUAUCUCAUGCACUGGACUAGCCUACACUGGUAGAAGCCUUUUUCUAUUGCACUGGACAGCGUUAUCAUGAAUCUUUAAAUUACAGUUCUAAAGAUUCAUUUCAAUCCAGUUUUGAGCCAUAUUUAGUCCACUCGAUUCCAACAGCACUAAGAGAAAAAAAACGAUAGAGUUGUAAUAAAAAAAAAGAAAGAAAAAGAUGGAGCUAUUUGAUAUUUGCUUUUGCUAGAUGCCCAAUAGUGUGUAAUAUUUUAUUCACUCUCUUCCUCAGGACAGGAUUGGAGUGCCAUAUGUGCAUGAUGAUUGUCACAACUUGUACAGGCCUGUGAAUCAGGCUGAUGUGAAGGGCCUUUAGGUUUACUGAGGCUGGGGCCGCUGUGCACAGCGUGACGCGUGCCAGAGGCCGGGCAGAGCCAGCACACUCGUUAAGGUUCCGGAUCGAACACGAUAGAUGUCCUUCACUCGGCACCGAGCUGACGUUCUGUCACUUUUUUAAUCCAACCCGGAACUCUUUGUAUCAAACUGGAAGGUCUACGAGUUUUUCAGUGAUUUUUUGAUUGGGUUCUAUUCUUCUAUUCAAGCCAAGUUGUUUGAAUUCACUUGCUGUAUAUGACUCUUUUAUUACGUUGUUGUUGUUGAUGUUCAAUUAGCAUAUCACAGUUUGUUUAAGUUGGUGAUGGUCGGCUCUCUCUUCUGUAUCUUCAUCCUUUGUAUUUGCCUCAGACCUUAGAAAAAAGUUUAUCUUUAUUUGUGUUACUAACCAUCUUCAGUUUCAAUCAUAAUUGAUGCACAUGGAUUAGAAAUGAUUUAGUUUGUUGUUAGCUGUUUUUGGUGGGCUAUGCUCGUAGUGCAUUGAAGAGCUUUAAAUACAGUGGGUAUGACACAA